AAGGCGGGGCGAGAACACGCCGUUCUUUUGCGCAGGCGCGGUCUGUGGUCCACGAGCAGCGUUAUGCCGGCCCGGCACGUCUCGCGUGUGCGGGCCUUGUAUCGGCGCAUUUUGCUGUUGCACCGGGUUUUGCCUCCAGACCUCAAAGCCCUUGGCGACCAGUACGUGAAGGACGAAUUCAGGAGACAUAAGACCGUUCGUUCUGACGAGGCCCAGCGUUUCUUGCAGGAAUGGGAGGUUUAUGCAGCAGUGCUAUGGCAACAAGCUAAUGAAAACAGACAGAAUUCAACUGAAAAAGCAUGUUUUGGAACCUCCCUACCGGAAGAAAAACUUAAUGACUUUCGUGAUGAACAGAUUGGACAGUUGCAGGAGCUGAUGCAAGAAGCCACUAAACCCAAUAGACAAUUUAGUAUUACUGAAUCCAAGAAACCAAAAUUUUAGUCUGUACAAUAAAGCUUAACAAAGCAUUUAAAUUUCAGAACCCCUUAUUUUAACUAUCAUUGGUUUAUAAAAUUUGCUUCUUUAAGGUUUUUAGGCUUUGAGAAUGCCUAGUGUUAAUGAUUAUGAAUGCUCUCUAUAAUACACAGAUCAGGAGUGGGUGAAACUGCAUUAUUGAAGUAACAGUACUUGCUGGGUUUGAUUUGGUGUUUUGCUUAUUAUUAUUUUUUUUUGACUAAACCAGAAAGAAUGGCUGUAAAAUGGACAAGCUUGUGAAAUUUUGCUGAAAAAAUUUUUAUACAUAAGUUUGUUUUUAAUGCUUUUCUUGUUCAAGCAUUAGCUUCUUCAUGGCUUUGGCUUCGUUGGUAAGUAUAUCAUGAUGAUAGAUGUGAAAUUUCUAAGGUUAUUAUCUAAAUACAUUGUUACCCUGUAAGUUUUCAUCAUUUCUGCUUUAAUAUUACAUAUAUGAUGAUUCUUUAAAAUGUCCUUUCUCUCUGAGUCAUUGUUGAUCUACAAUGAAAGGUUAAAAAAGAAGCUUUGAGAUCCAGUAUUAUAUGUAUUAUCAUUUGUAUAAUAGAUUAUGUAAUGUAUAACACAUUUCUGUGGUGCUUGUAGUAACAGAUCACCCCUUAAAUAGUCUGUAUUUAACUUGAUAAUCUCAUUUAUGGCCUGAUGCAUGGGGAGAUAAAAACACUUCAUUAUUAAUUGAAAAAAAUCAAACUAUAAUCCCAUUCACAUCCUAAAAUGUUUAUGAAUUUUAAAAUAUUACAUACUAAAAUGACUUGUAUGUUUAAUUUUGCAUGUUUACUGUAAGAUUCUGAAGUUACCAUUUUUCAAGUGCAAUUGUGUUUGCUCUUUUAACAGUUGAUCCCUAUUUUCUCUGUGCUGUUUUAUGGUUUCUCUUUGUAUAGGGCUGCAAGGUCUCUAAGUCCUUUCUUCCGCCCCUCUUUAGUCUGGAGGUUGAUUCUCAUAGAAGAUAAGCAGUCAAUCAGUAAUUAGUCUUUACAUUCUAACAGGCUCCAGGAGUAGAACAAUAAGAUAAAGCUCUUGCCCUCAAGUUUAACCUCUAACCGUGCAUGCAGGAACCAUUUCAUCAUGAACAAAUACAUUAUGUCCUCAAACUCUUUACAGUACUAACACCUACAAGGACAGCGCUUCUGUGUCUUGUGACGUGGGAGUUGUAGAUCCUUUAGAUUCUCCUGUUGUCCCUUUCAUCCUGGCACUGUCACCCUCCCUUUAGAAUUCUCCAUCCUUGUUCUUUGUUACCUAGCUCAUACCUCUUCAUCUCAAGUCUUGCCAUCAUUUUGGUCAUCUUAGUAUUAAUCCAUCUGGUUGAUUUACCUGGUAGCCUCAUGGUUCUUUGCUGGUUUAUUAUUCACUUUCAGUAAUUCAAUCUCCCAUCUUCCUGGCUACACUUAAGCCCACUUUAUUCAGAAGUGAAUAAAGCGCCACAUCUGCAAUUAUGAAUUACAACAUUCCAUGCUUUUUUCAUUGUUUCUUAUCUUGAUCAGUGUUUUACUCCUGCUGCACCUGGUCAUUCUUUUAAUAAAUACCUACUGAGAUAUACCUAAUAAAUACCUACAUCAUAAGCCAGGCGUCAUUCUAGGGACUAGAAUACAGCAGUUAUCAAAGACAAAAUGUAUUUCCCUACAGAACUUACAUUCUUAAGAGGAGAAGCAAAAUAAACAAACUAUGUAGGGUGGUUAGUACGAUGGAGAAAAAUAAAACAAGGAUAGAGCUGUAGUUCCCAAAUUGUGAACUGAGAUGCCCUGAGGCAACACAGAGAACCCACAGGGUGCUGCAGGAUAUUUUAAACUGCGGGAAAUCACAGCCGUGUUUAUAGGACACUACACAAGCUACUAGCCUAAGGUAUUUCAGUUUUACUAUUGCAGCAUUUCUUCUGGAUGAGUCAUCUUUGUGAAGCUGGGCUUUAGUGAUUGCUGUGAUAAAAGCAAAUACCACACAAAAACUAUUAACAGAAAAUGUCCAACAUGAUCACAGUGUCUGAGAGGCUAUGUAAUGUCCAACAGGUACUAAAUUGUUAGGGUAUUAUAAGUGAAACUCUUGUGGGUUUGUGGUUUUCUGUGUGUUUACUGCUGGUGUGCUGUGUAAAUACUGAGACACUAAGGAUGUGGGAACUGCUGAAACCAGCAGUGUCAGAGAAUGGGGAACUCAUUAGUCUUUUGACCACUCAGUUUACUUACUGUCAGUCCUUUACUGUCUUCAUUUCCAUCCCAAUCUGCCCUCGUCUGUGAUACUUCACUGCAGCCAGCCAUUUUGCAAACCCACAAUGUUGUCUCCUUUUCCUUUCACCUCUGCUGCUCUCACCAAGAUAACCACUCACUUGCCAAAAUUAAUAGGAUAUUAAUCAGUAUAAGAUUGGUAUGUUAUCCUCUGAGGCUCGAUAGUGUUUUUAAUUCUCUAGUGCUUUUAAAUCACUACUUGUUGGUUUGUACACCACCUAACCUUCCUUUACAUUAUAAUUUUUCCCCCCAAAUAGUGAUGUUUUUCUGGGAUUUCAUUUUUAGGACUCCUAGUUCACAUAUCUAUUGCUUCACAUAAUUAGAUAUACUCUUAAAUUGUAACACCAACCCAAAUCUCAUUUCUAAACAUCAGAUCUGUGUUUGAAAUUCUUUUUGACAUUUCCAACUCAUAUUAAAGUCCUUUUUCUUCCCACCUCAGGGAAUGAAUGAUAUUAACAUAUACCCAGUUCACUAGUUCAGAAUUCUGUAAUUUAGCCUAGAUUUCAGUUUCCCUGGAGGCCUCAUCACUAUUCAGCAAUUCUGACAACUCCCUGUGAUGGACUGUACAACAGCCAUAAUUCUCCAUCACUCCUUGUACCCACAUCCCCUUGGCAGUGUGACUUUGCAGCUCCUCCUAUAAAGAAUUCUUAUCUGUUUUACAAUUCCCCAAACCUGGACUGGCCUUGUUCCUUGAUUUGCUCAGAAGAAUAUGGGGAGUGACAUGUAAACUUAGGCUCUAGGCCUCAGAGCCUUGUCCACUCCCAACUGCCAUGUGAACAAUCUCUGUCUUAUGGGAGACGUGGAACAGAGGGGAAGUCAUCCUAGCUGAAGCCAUCGAGACCAGCUAGCUCUCAGCCACCUGCAGAUCCGUCAACGAGCCCAGCCAAGACCAGAAGAACUGCUCAGCUGAUCCCAGCCCAAAUUGCCAAUUGUAAGUUAACUGACAGUUCUUUUAAAUUACUGUAUCUUGAGGUGGUGUCUUGUAUAAUUAAAGCAAACUGCUUUACUAUUUCAAAAUUA